AUGUUCCGCGUGCCAGACUACUCUGCGCCGAGUGGCGAAAGCACUGCACCGUCGAUAUGCAGCACGCCGGCCAAACGCAAUGUUUACGCCGAAGAGAAAGAUCCUUUCGAUGCUCUGCGGAGAGCGAGUGAGACGAGCGAAGAGGUGUUUUCAGAUGGAGCCCUAUCGCCUGGCAGCACGUGGUCCAACUCGACGCGCCCAAGCAGCAGCCCUUCUCCUUUCAGCCCGGGGACGCCCAUGUUCAACAUAGCAGCACCGGUGCGUCGACCAAUUGUCAAAGCAAAGACGUUUCCCAGCCAGGAGCGCUCACCACGAUUUCCGGGAACAGGGCCAGAGGGGCUCGGAAAGACGCUUCCAGGAUGGAUGCCUCUCGACGAGCAGGCAAAGACGUUCAGACUGCAAGCACCCUUUGUAUACGCCAGCCAAUCACGCAACCUGCCGCAAUAUCACAUACAGCAAGUUCUGGACCGAGAUGGCGGGCCCUCAAGCCUGAAUAUCCGUCGUGUUCAGCCGCACGAAACGCGGUCGUGCUCGGUGCCGGCCCUGCAUGCAGGGCGGGGCAGACGCAUGCGGUACAACGAGGACGAGACGUUGUAUACCUUGUCCGAUUUCGACAUGAAGGGCCGCGGUGGAAGUGCCCUCGAGGGCAGCAUCCAGCUUACGACGGGGAAGACGCUGUGGGGCGGGCAGUGGACGCGCAUCUGGCAUGUGACCAAGUGCAGGGCGCAACACCACGGCUGCAACUACAGGGGAACGUGCGAGCCAGAGAAGCGCCUGUUGUUCUGCGUGAAAAAGGGCGUGUGGGAGGACGCCGACGGGGUGGUGGUUGGGCGGGAGGAGAGGGGGAGUCUGGGCAGCCUGGGGUUGGGGGCCCUGCUAAGGGACAAGGGGGCAGGGGGUGAAAAUGAGAGCAGGGUGCUGGAUGUUAUAGAGGGCGUGCGAAAGGACGAGAGAAAAGGCGAUCUCCUGGUUGCAUGCUGGGUGAUGAGGCUGUGGAUGGCGGGGGAGCUUGGAUGGGAAGAGGAUUGA